AUGGCCCGCGCUCCGCCUUCCCCUUUGACCCCCAGCAACAUUCCCCGCAACUUAAGCUACAUUGCCGGCUUGUACGAGAGGGCUUAUUAUCGCACAGCCCGUCCGAGCAUCGCGGAAGAUUCGGGAACCGAAGGCUCCGAAUCGGAGUCCGAGGGCAGGCCGCGAGGCAGGACCCAGAGACGCCGCCAUCUCUUCCGGGGACCCAAAAGAAGGGGAAGGCGCCGGACUCGCUCGGCCCCAGCUCAGGGGAGGAUUCAAGGAGCGUCACGCAGCCGUAGCCCCGGGACUCGCAAGAGGGUGCGCUUUGCCGACUCCUUGGGCCUGGAGCUGAUCAGCGUGCGGCAGUUCUGGCCCAACGACCUCCCGCAGGUGCCAGAGAGGGUCCACAAUCAGCUGAGGCGCGACUCGCUCAGCCACUUCACGCCGUGUUUGCCGUUCUGCCCGCCGGUGAAGGAAUCUUUGAACCUGCAGACUCGGCUGCUGGAGCCAAUGUUCCCAGAUCCUCUGAGCAUGUCCGAUUUCCUGCCCCGUCUUCUGGCCCAGUGCGUGCUGCUGGAGGGGGUCCGGGCUGAGGGAUCCUGCGUUUCUGGCACCAUCCGCGUGAUCAACCUGGCCUAUGAGAAAAGGGUCUCCGUGCGAUACACCUGGGACUUUUGGGCUACUGAGCACGAAGCGCGUGCCUCUUACGCCGCCCCUGCAGGGCGGGACCGAGACCACGCUGACCGCUUUGCCUUCCGGCUGCCUCUGCCAGUCCCGCUCUCCGCAGGGGUGGUCCUCGAGUUUGCCCUCUGCUACCUGGUGGGGGGGAAGGAAUUCUGGGACAACAACCAGGGACGUAACUACUCUCUGAGGCCUCCUCCUUGCGUAGCCGAAGAAGACGAAUUCCCCAGCCCCAUUCAAGAUUGCUGCGAAACUGGCUGGAUACACUUUCUGUAG